GUCAGGCUCACUGGGCCGGUUACCUGGUGUGGCGUAUCCUUCCGCCGGUGACGUGCCGGGGCUAGUUUGCGGAAGAGAAUUGCGUUGCUAGGGGGCGCUGUUACUACUAGACAGCUGAGUGCGAGGCUGGGGACAGUGCGGAGCCGCCGGGCUAUGGUGUAGGACACAAGCCGGUCCAUGGAGAAGCGGAGGAUGGACUGUCCGGCUCUGCCUCCGGGCUGGAAGAAGGAGGAGGUCAUCAGAAAGUCCGGGCUCAGUGCGGGCAAGAGCGAUGUCUACUACUUCAGUCCGAGCGGUAAGAAGUUCAGAAGCAAGCCUCAGUUGGCCAGGUACCUGGGGAAUUCUGUUGACCUCAGCAGUUUUGACUUCAGAACGGGAAAGAUGAUGCCCAGUAAAUUACAGAAGAACAAACAAAGACUAAGAAAUGACACGCUGAACCAGACGAAGAGGCUGUCCGGGCCCUAUGGGAGUUGUAGUUUAGCAGCAGCUGGAGAGUCACAGUCAAAACCCGACUUGAACACGACGUUACCGAUCCGUCAGACCGCGUCCAUCUUCAAGCAGCCGGUCACUAAAAUAACCAACCAUCCCAGCAAUAAAGUCAGGUCAGACCCCCAGCGCGUCAUCGAGCAGCCCCGCCAGCUUUUUUGGGAGAAGAGAUUAGAAGGACUAAGUGCGUCAGAUGUAACGGAACAAGUCAUAAAGUCCAUGGAGCUUCCUAAAGGUUUACAAGGUGUCGGACCUGGAAACAACGAGGAUACCCUUCUGGCCGCCAUUGCCAGUGCCUUGCACACGAGCUCGGCGCCAAUCACAGGACAGCUCUCCGCAGCCGUAGAAAAAAACCCGUCUGUCUGGUUAAACUCAGCACAACCGCUCUGCAAAGCUUUCAUAGUCACAGAUGAAGAAAUCAGAAAACAAGAGGAGAGAGUACAACACGUACGGAAGAAAUUAGAAGAGGCGUUAAUGGCAGACUUAUUGGCACGGGCCGCCGAAACCACAAGUGACACAGAAAUUGCCAUGGAAACAUAAUUUCCUGUUAUUGGUACCAUGACUGUUUAACAAUAAAUGCAAUUCCUGGAUCUGGCCUUACAAUAAUAACGCAUGCACAUUUAUAUAGGACUUUUUUUUUAAUAGCCUGGAUCCAAUACCUUCUUAGACUUCUAUUUUUGAUGUACAUAUCUAUAUUAUUAAGGAACAGAGAAAGAUUUUUAUUUUGUCUUUGAGAUGUCUGACUUUAUAAGUGUAAAGCAAUAUUAAUAUUAAUCAAGCCUUGGUUUUAUGUAUAUCAGGCCCCCGCACAGCCGGAGUCCUGAACAGAUUUUUUAUUAUUAAUAAUAUAAUAAACCCAUGACGUGUCUUUUUUAUUUUUAUUUCUGAUUGGCGUUUAUAGUAAUUAAAAGUUAUUUAAAUCCCUUUUUAUACUACCAAGAAGUGUGUACAUUUAUCUUUUAUUUAAGUAUAAAAAAUAAAAGAAUUUCUAUGCAAUGAUUUUCGCC